AUGGAUCCGGACCCGGACGUUGACCUCUUGACCCACGACGGCGCAGUCCACGCCGCUGCCGUCACUGCGGAUACUGCAGGUGGUCUUGUCCCUUCGUUUGACGCCCACAGUCACCAUCACCACGCCUCUCCUCACCACCACCACCACCACCACCACCACCACCACCUCGACACCUUCGAUCAUCACCACUACGACCACGACCUCGAAGACGAAGCUUACCCCCAAACACAUCGCCACGACCUUGGCGUCGCCUACUACGACGACGAGCCGCACGAGUCCCAUCAUGACACCGACCGUCUGAGCCCCGACCACUUUUACAGGAGUCAUUCCCCAGACAGCGAUCCUGACGCCAUCCCCAUGGCCUCGUCCACCGUCGUCCGCCCGUCUCUGCGCUCCAACGGCGACGGCACCACUCCUCGCCAUCCACCCAUCGCCGCGAAUCGUACGCUCCCUCGAUCAAACAACGUCCGGUCCGUCUCGAGUCCCGUCGACUCUCGGCAACCCGGUUCGGGCGCUUGGGCAACGCCAAAGGGCAAACCCAGCGUCAAGGACCUGAAGAAGAAGUUUGACCAAAACGGUGGCGUGUCGUCCAUACCGCGAGCGCCACUGCGGCCUGGAGCUACACCCCCACAUCAUGCGGCCUCGGCCAAGUCGAGCGCCGUUGCAGCAGCGUAUUCGGACCUGCGGACCGGAACGGGUGCACGAGACCUGUCUACGCAGGACCGAAACGACCAUGCAGCAGCGCGGGGCCAACGGUCACGGUUCGUCGUUGAGGACGCCGUCUCUAGCAAUUCCCAGUCUUUCGCUAGCCGCAUCGGCAAGCCUCGAAGCUUGGCCAACGGCAAGAUGCCCGCCUCCAAGUCCAUGACACAACUGUCUCAUGAAGACCCGCCUCAACAACCUCACAUGCUGCAGCAGCCACCGCAGCCACCGUCUCCGCCAGCAAAUUCACGGUCACACGCGCUUCUUUUCGGCGAGAUCCUCCCAGACGAGCCAGAUACAUCUGCUCUCGGCUUCGGUAUUGAUCGAGUACGGCCUCGGAGGACUCCAGAUUCGAGGUGCCUGCCCCCGGGCCAUCACCGCAGCUUCUCAGAUCCUGAACUCGAGCCGCCGUCCCCGAGUACCUGGUAUCGCGAAAACGCGACGGAACAAAACAACGUUAUAGACGCGUCGCGAGCCCCUCCGGCCGGCCAUAACCGGUCGCAAAGCGAUGUUGCCGCCUCUCACUCCGAUGCCCCUGCCGUCAACCCCCGGCAGCCGCUCACCCAGUCUACCACCGUACCCUCUGGUCUGGGCCAGCCCAGCACCACCUCCAAAUUGCCAGUCUCGAUUCGAAAAGCAAACAGCCCCUCCCCUUCCAGCCCUGCUUCGACCCGCUCCAGCUCGCCCACCGCGGUGAAGCGCUCACAAGCCACCGCAAGAACUUCUCGCGCCAGCCCUGCCUCUACGUCGUCCCGAGCCAUCACCCCAGUCACCCGCGCCAAGACGCCGACGCAAGGUGCCACGGGUCGCAGGCCGCCUCCGCCAAGCCUCGGUGCACCCAGCAGCUCGAGACUACAGGCGUACAUAGCAGCUCCCCCGCCAGCGUUGUCCCCACCGCUGCGAAGUUCGCGGCCCCGGCAAACCGUGUCUGUAGCCACAGCUUCAGGCUCUCGGGAGAAGGAAGCGGGCGGAACAAAGACUCGGGAUCGCUUUAACCCCAAUGGAACGGCAAAAAGCGGUGGCGAGACGGGUAGGCGCCGCAAGAUUUCAAUUGGGCCUAUAGAUUUCGAGCAACGGCGGGAACACAUCCGACUUGCAUAUAGCAAGUCGAUCCGCGAGAGCCAAGCGCACGAGGCUCGAAGAGAAGCUGCCGAACGGAGGCAAAAAGAUAUGGAGCGUGCGGCAAAAGCCAAGGCCAAGGCUGAGGUGGCCGCUCGAACGGCGUUGCCGUCAAUCAUCCAACAACAUGGAGGACUAGAUCACAGUCCCGAGACUGGAUCAGCAGCGCCUCUCACGAAGCAGGCCGCUGGAACUUCUGGCCAGCUGUCUAUUCCCCCGCUGGUUGUUUCCACCGCCGAGUCCCUGGAAUCGGCUCCCGCCGAGCCUGCAACUCCUGACAUUGAUUCACCUACACUCGGGGUCCCUGGCAGCUUUCCCUCGCUCAGCCCUCCCCAGCGUACAGAGAAACGACCACUUUCUAUUCUAUCGGCGACGUCCGAAACAACCGAGUUUGAUGGCGAGCCUCAGACUACUCCACCAACUCAAGCGCAGUCCCCGCUGGAGGUUUCUGCUGCGUCUUUGCAACUAGAGCCCGCGGCCCCUCAAGCCCGCGCGGAGUAUCAUUCUCCCUUUGAGGAUGACGCGGAUUUCCACGACGCGCCUAUGUCCCCGGAGCCGAUCGUGUCGGUCGGCGAAACCGUGCCUGUUGCGGCGGAGGAAGACGUCGACCAUGUUGUCCCUGGUGCGUUCAGGGAUGAGGUCGAAGAGGCUGAUCUCACGCUCCACACGCUGCCAUCGCAUGGUACAAUAGUCACGAUGGUACCAGCAAGCGAUCACGCAGAGGGAACCGACAGCGCGCUUGAUACUGUACCCUUUCCCCGGAUGGACGUGCAAGACGAAUCGGACUGCCAUUCCGAGUCGGAUGGAGCUCCUGGCGUCUACAGCGUUCGUCCCGACGACGAUGCGGUGACAGAUGCCUGCACCGAGGAAACCGAUGACCACGACAGGGCUGCACUACUUCGCCCCGACUUCGGAUAUGCGGACCAGCUCUCGUCGCAUCGCGCGUCCACGUGCGCCUCAUCGGAGGCAGACAUCGGCCAGUUCGAGGACGAUAUGUCGUCGAAUGAGGUCAAUUCAUCUAGUUUGACGGUGCCUCAGUCGAGCACGCAACGCGACAGGUUGAGCCAGCAAUCCGCGUGGACGGACUACUCCGUUGGCAGCACGGACCCUUCAGAUGCCGCAAGAUCCACGAUGCACAGCCAGGAUGAGUCUCCUACUUUUGGUCACGUCACCAUCUUCGAAUCCAUGACGACCGCGCGAGAGAGCCUUUCAUCCUAUCGCGACACCCAGUAUGCGUCGGAUAUGCGGGAUGUCCCUGACUCAACGAGGUCUUCGCUGCAUUUCGGUCAUCACCAGCUUCCGGAGCUGGACACCGGAGGGGGUUUCUCUAUCCCUUACCUGUCCACUACGCCUGACCCGGCCUUGACGUAUCUUCCGUCGCCAAACCAUGAGCCCCCGGCUGUGCCGAGCUCGGUGCCCGGCUCGGCGCUCGACUCGAGGACGUCGAGCGUCUUCUACGAUCAAUCGCAGUUUAGCAGCACGCUGGUCAACUCGGAGCGGGAGAGUGACGAGUACCUGGUCCAAACAGAAACCCCGCAAUCCAUGGACCCUGCAGAACAACUAUUUAGCAGCCGCACAACCGCUGAGAGCGACGCCAAGUCUUUGCCCCAAGAACCGGACGAGCCCAGCGGCAAGGAGCGUCACCGGCUUCUUCAACGGCGCAACGUUAUCAAGGAGCUGGUCGACACUGAGGCCGUCUUCGUUCGCGACAUGAACAUUGUGGAAGAGAUAUACAAGGGCACCGCAGAGGCUUGCCCGAGGCUGGACAGCAAAACUGUCAAGCUCAUAUUCCGCAACAGCGACGAGAUUAUUGACUUCCACACGGCUUUUCUCGCGCAGCUCAAGGACGCAGUUUCAUCAGUAUAUGUGCCCAAGAGCGGCCGGACACUAGCGCAGAGGGAAGACUCCAGCAUCGUGUCGGACAACAGCCAGGGCAGCUCUGCAGAUCCCAGCGACGUCAAGGAUCGCGCGACAUUACUCGGCUCUGUGUUCCAGGCCAACAUGGAGAGAAUGAAGGCUGCUCAUGAGGGCUUCCUGCGCAACAGCGAUCAAGCUGCCAAACGCCUAAUACAGAUACAACAGGAUGCGACCGUCAAAGUGUGGUUGAACGAGUGCAACGAGGUGGCAAAGGAUUUGACGGCGGCGUGGGACUUGGAUUCGCUCCUCAUCAAGCCCAUGCAGCGCAUCACCAAGUAUCCAAACCUCAUCAUCACGUUGCUGCAGCACACUCCGCAAGACCACCCUGACAGAGACUCACUCAUGGCUGCCAAAGACGCGCUUGAAACAGCCAUCAUUGAGAUCAACAAGACCAAGAAGAACUUUGAGCUGGUCGGACAGAUCGUUGGCAGGAAGAGGAAGGAGUCAGACGUCAGGGCGGGAUUCGCACGAGCCUUCGGCAAACGGGUCGACAAGCUUCAAACGCCAAACAGCCGCGUUCCAGAGGAUGCCGAUUAUGCAAAGCUCAACGAGAGAUUUGGCGACGACUACCUACGUCUGCAGGUCGUCCUCCGCGACGUCGAGUUCUACACGAGGCAGGUGUCGGCGUACGUGCACGAGUUCCUUCAGUACAUGUCGUCGAUCGAGCUCGUCAUGCGACUGCAGCCCGGCAGCUAUCCUGAGCUCGAGAGCAAAUGGGUGCAAUUCAACAUCUCGGUGCGCGACUUGGAGAAGGUCGCUCUGGAAGAACACCUGGCCCAAGUUCGCAAGCAUGUGAUUGAGCCUUUUGAGCACGUCAUCAAGGCCUAUGGCAACCCGUCGUUGGCCAUGAAGAAGCGCCAGAAACGCCGUCUAGACUACGAGCGCUCCGAAUUGCUGAAGCGGGCAGGCAAAUCGGUCGACCCCAAGCUGAGGGAGCUCGUGGAGCAGUAUGAGGCUCUCAAUGACACACUCAAGAAGGAGCUGCCAAUGCUCUCGUCUCUCACUGAGCGGGUCGGUAACAUAUGCCUUGGAAACUUCGUCAACAUCCAGGCCAGCUGGUACGGAACGUGGAAGGACAAGAUGAAGACGGUGCUGGGCGACAGCCCUGAGAUGCCCGAGCUCGACGAGGUCGUUGCGACUUUCCAACGCGACUUUCCCUAUGCUCACGAGCAGGUGAUGAGCAUUGGCAUCCUGAACCCCGCAAGAUGGGGCACCUGGGCGAGAAACUCGCAGUCGACGACGACAAGCCUGGAUGACUCGACGCUCAGGUCACGGUCCCGACCCUCGGACGUCGAGGCCCGCGACCGGGAGCUCUCGAUGAUUAGUGACACGGCACCUAGCCUGCCGCCGACCGACCUCGGCCGGCGCCGCAGCGGGUCCUUGACGGGCAGCACAGGCCUUGGCAACGGCUCGGCGCCAAAUCCGCACCAGUAUUACUACCGAGACUACUACUCGGGUCUUCAGUCUCAACAAGGAAACUUCGCUUCGCCGAGGUCUCCAGAGUUGGCGGGCAGCUCGCGGUCGGCAGGAGGAACGGGGGCGACGUCGACGCGACCAAGCACUGGUCGUAGUUUCGACUCGGCGGGCGUGCAGAGGCAAAGCUUGGAGUCGAGCCAGGCGCACCGACGGGACUCGGCGACGACGUACAACUCGAGCCACCAACCACAGGAGAGCCGGAGGUUCUCCAACCUGUUCCACUCGGCUCUGCCGCUGCCGGACGGGGCUGAGGAGAGCCAAAGGUCGUCGCGGGCGUCUUCGCGCGAAAGGAGGCGGGCCUCGGACGGCUACAACAUCCUGUGGCUGGCGGCAUCGCUCUUCGAGUUCAACAUUGCAACAACCAAGCACGAGGCGGGAUAUCCCUACCUGACAUAUCAGGCAGGCGAGAUAUUCGAUGUGAUUGCCGAGAAGGGCGAGCUCUGGCUAGCAAAGAACCAGGACGACCCGGUGGACCAAGUGGGAUGGAUUUGGUCCAAACACUUUGCAAAGCUAGCCGACUCAUGA